AUGGCGCUCUUCGAGUUAGUUACCACCAUAUUCUUGCUCUCAACACUCCUUUCCCUUAUGAGAAAGAAGAGGGCAUCCACAGAUGAAGCCGGGCCUAGCUGCCUAACCUGUACAAGGAAGAAGACGGGCAACAAAGCAAGCACGAGCGUCGAGCGAGAAAGAAGAUCAAAACAGGAUCUUAACUUGCGGAUCCCCAUUGAAAGAUCGCUGUCGGCGGGUGUCAAGAUAGAGGAAGAAAGCGAAGAGGAUGAAGGGAGUGAAGAUGAGGAAGACAAUGAUGAGGAAUACAGUGAAGAGGAAAGCACUGAGGAAGGGAAUGAUGGGAAAGAGCAGGAAGAGGAAGAAGAGGCCCAAGAUGCUGAUAGGGAGCCUCCUACUGCUACACAUGGCGACCAUCAUGAUCUGACAGCCUUAGAAGCCCGCAUGGCUCAAAUUGAAGAGAACUAG